CGCGUCUCAGAUCUCAGAGACCGAGCGCGUUGAAUCUUGGUUGAUCCUGACCUCGGGGGCAACGUCAGCAGAAAUGACACGCGUGUCGCGGUCGCCCCGACGCGCGCCUGUCGCUCUCCAGCGUCAGCCACAACGAUCAUAACCGGCAGGCACCAUGCUUCCCCUCUUCGCUUUCCCCAACCAUGGCCCCAGCCGUCGACGAAAAACGCGAAGAGGUGACCCCGGAGUCGCCUCGCAAGACCUGGAACGUGCCGCCAUGGAUCUCGUCGAACAUACGCUCAAAGAAGAGCUGGAAGAUGCUUGUUAGGUGCUGGGUCGCGUCCUGGGUCGCGUUCAUCCUCCUCCUGCCGCAUGCGUCCUUGACGACGCUUGGGAACACAGCGUUCUUCGUUCUCCUGGCCAGUCUGAUGGUGCCGCCGAACAUGCCCCUGCAACUCUUUGUUUUUGCUCUCUUGAUGAUUAUUAUUGGCCUGUGUCUUGGAUGGGCUCUUGGUGCGGCGGGGAUGGCUGCAGCGCUCGCGGCGCGCAACCAGGUUUUGUUGAAGUCGGAGCUAGAGAAAGUCGAGCAGAGUGUCGCGGGCCUGGCCAACCCUGACGCGCUCUUCCAGGCCAGCAUCUUCGAGGGCGCGUUCCUCGAUACUCGUUCGUCUGUCCUCUUUGGUGUCUUCCUCGCCAUCGCUAUCUUUAUUCUCUCUCUCCUGCGUGCGUACGCUCCGAGGCUAACGAUCAUGUCCGUCUUCGGCAUGAUCGCCGUGGACAUUUAUUGCAGCUAUGGGCCGCUCUUUCCUUUUGCGCAAUACACAAUCUUGACCUCGCUGCUCAUCUCCCUUGCGUGCUACAUGGCCAUCGGGCUCGUGGUCAUCAUAUUCGUCUUCCCGGAGACUCUGAAUCACGCUACCCUCACAACGGUCACGACCGUACUCGACACGAUCGAGGGCGUCAUCAAGCUACAGGAAGAGGUCCUAUCCAUUAGCUCGCUGCCGAGUGAUUCAUCGUAUGAUGAAACUGGAAAGGGACCGACAGAACAAUCUCUAGCCAACGCACUUGCGGAGGGCGGUCCGCUUCUCACCAAGUUAGCAGGUGCUCGCGACGCGAUGCUGGGUCUAGCGAAAGGAUUGGGUGCGCAGCUACCGAUGCUUAAUCUCGAGUUCAGCUGGGGCAAGUGGAGUGGAGACGACAUCAAAGCACUCGAAAAGCCAAUGGCUGGUGUCGUUGGACGUGUCGCGGCACUGCAGGGAUUCGCGAGGAUCCUUGGCCGGACAUUGCGUCAACGCCCACCUUCAACAUCCCCCUCACGCGUAUCGACCCACGACGGGUCUACCGAGUCGACGGACGCCAGUAUCAGGGACUCCAUUAUGGGUGACACCCAGCUCUUCCGAGACCUCCGCGGACCGAAGAACCACUACACCCCUGACGCUGUCCCCCUUUCCGAGCUCAUCCCGAUCCUACAUUCGUGCACGGCGCCUCUUCGUACCGCCGUCGUCGAAGCGCUCUCCGCCGUACGCGCCGUGUUCGACUCGGUCAACACCCGGCGAUACAAGCGCGGAAGCACCGAGCACCUGGACGAGACCCUCGUCACGCUCGACGCUGCUACCGCAAACCUCACCCGCGCCCUCGACGCGUUCCGCACGACGGACCGGUUGGCGUUGCUAGAGCCGUUCGCAUCGUUUCUCAAUCCGAGCGCCGAGCAGGAACUACCGAAGGCGGGCUCGACGCCCUUCCGCUCGCUGUUCAUCGCGUAUGUGUUUGCUUCGAACCUUGUGUCUGUCGGCGGUGCGGUGCGGGUCUUGGCAGAGGGCGUGGCUCGCACUGCGAAGAGUCGAAGGCGGAAUCACUUGUGGGGCCCGGGUGCGAUCGCGCUCGGAAAAGUGCUGGGGCGGCGUCGGAGGGGCGAGAGAGGCGGCGCGAAUAACGAGUUGGGCGGACAAGGUGCUCUUGGGGAAGCUCCGCAGGGACCCGCGGGAGGGGACUGGGAGAGGGAGGAAGAGGUGUACCGCAGAGACCCGGACGGUCGACCUCCCAGCAAUCCGGGUCAGCAUGUCAUGAAUGCAAUCCAUCGCAUGUGGCUGUGGGCGCAAACUCCUGAGGCGUUGUUCGCUUUCAAGAUGGUGUUCAUCACCAUUGCCCUCUGGAUCCCUGCGGUCUGCCGCAGUAGUGCGCAUUUCAUUUAUGCACAGAAAGGCUUAUGGGCUUUGAUCAUGGCACAAACUACGCUUAACAUCUACGCUGCGGACCAGAUCUUCAACAUAUUUGCGCGAGUCCUCGGUACAUUCGUCGGUCUCGUUCUUGGGCUGCUAUCAUGGUACAUAGGUUCUGCCAAGAGCAUCGGCAGCCCGUACGGAAUGGCAGCUGUUGUCGCUGUGGUCCUGGUGCCGGUACUGUUCUUGAGGUUAUUCACCCCGAUGCAGUAUCUGCCGGGCGUCCUUCUUGCCGGCGUUACCUGGGCCCUCGUCAUAGGCUACUCCUGGCUCGACGGCCACAUUGCCGUCCUCGGAAACGUCGGGGUCGGAUGGUCUGUCGCAUGGCGAAGAUUCGUGCUCGUCAUCAUUGGCGUUGCAGCGUCAUCUGUCAUGAUGAUCCUCCCGCCACAGUCAGCACGCCGCUCCGUCCGCCUCCGCUGCGCCUCGUCAUUGUCUGCGCUCUCCUACCUUUACUCGCAUCUCAUGGCGGCGUGGAUCUCCCCAGGAUCGUCGUCUGAAGGGGGUGAGGACGGUGAUACGCCUGACGACGUUGACCCGAACAAGCGAUCAUGGGUCCAGGAAUAUCGCGAGCGCUUCAUUGAGAUCGCGCAGCAAUUGCAGCUUUUGAGAACACAGGCAGGGAUAGCGAAGCUGGAGGGAAACGUCAGAGGGAAAUGGCCAGCGGAAGAGUACGCGCAGCUGGUUCAGGUAGAGAGCGAGAUGACUUGGGCUCUGGGAGUCUUGGGAGGUUCGCUGAGCCAGCUCGACGACGAUACCAGGAUGGGACUGUUGAAGCAUACAGUGGUCGUCAACCCGAACUUCAUCGGCGAUGUAAUGUCAGCAUUCCUCCUCGUCUCGCAAUCGCUACGAACGGGCGAACCUCUCCACCAAGCCCAAUCCGAGGAUCUUAUAGAGCGCGCGUUCUACCAUGGCGCUUCGCCAACAACGAUGCCUGGGCUGGAUGCAGAGGCACUCAGGGAUUCGCGUCUGAAGCGGCUGCAGUCCGUUACUACGUAUGAGUACAUGUUCUAUGCCAGCGGUGUUGUUGCCGUAUUCCGCAUGCUCGAGGGCUUGAAUGAAGCGAGACAAAUCACAGCAAGGCUCUGCGGCGAGGUUCCUCUUGAAGGCUUCGAUGUAUGGAGGGAGAAGUACCAACAAACAGUAUAAUCGUGUAAGCGUAUUGUGAUCAGGAGUAGCGUAAUUUCUUGUGCGGAAGCCAUACCUUGCAUCGAUGCAGAAUAUACCCAAAACAUCGAUAGCGAGGCCUGCAGGUCGUGUACAGCCACUCGAGAGUUGGCAUUGCACCAGCAAUAUUUACAUUCAAUGUCUGAGUCUGGAGAGGGCGAAAGAAACCUCACCAGGCGUUCGAACCCACCGCGAUCCACUUCAGCGCAGAAUGGUGAUGCCUUUCAUCGUUCACAAGUGCCGUG